AUGGAAGGGCUGAACAAGCCCCUGCCUCCUUCCCAGUGUGUGGAAAGCUGUCGUCCUGGAUUCAGGAAGGUGGCUCAGGAAGGGAGGCCCAUCUGCUGCUAUGACUGUCAUCCUUGUGCUGAAGGAACCAUCUCCACCACAGAAGAUGCAGAAAAAUGCAACAAAUGUCCAGAAGAUCAAUAUCCAAACAACCAUCGAGAUCACUGUAUAGACAAGAUUGUGACCUUCCUAUCCUAUGAAGAAAAUCUGGGGAUCAUCCUGGCUUCCCUUGCCUUGUUCCUCUCAUUAAUCACAGCCUUUGUCCUGGGAAUCUUCAUUGAAUUCCAAGACACUCCAAUCAUCAAAGCCAACAACCGGGAUCUCUCCUAUAUCCUCCUUGUAUCACUUCUGCUUUCCUUCUUGACCUCCUUCCUCUUCAUUGGCCAGCCAAGGAGAGCCACCUGCCUUCUCCGACAAACAGCCUUCGGCAUCAUUUUCUCACUUGCUGUCUCUUCUGUCUUGGCCAAAACAGUCACGGUGGUGUUAGCCUUCUUGGCCACAAAGCCAGGGAAUAAAGUGCAGAGAUGGCUUGGAAAAAGCUUGGCCAACUCCAUUGUCCUCUCUUGCUCUGGUCUCCAAGUUGUCCUCUGCAGCAUCUGGUUGUGGACCUCUCCCCCCUUCCCUGAGUCUGACAUGAACUUGUUGUACAGAGAGAUCAUCCUGAAAUGCAAUGAAGGUUCUGUCCCCAUGUUUUACGGUGCUCUUGGCUACAUGGGCUUCCUGGCUGCUGUCUGCUUCUUAGUGGCCUUUCUGGCCAGGAACCUCCCCGGGGCCUUCAACGAAGCCAAGCUGAUCACCUUCAGCAUGCUGGUUUUCUGCAGUGUCUGGGUCUCCUUUGUGCCUACUUACCUGAGCACCAAAGGGAAGUACAUGGUGGCUGUGCAGGUCUUCUCCAUCUUGGCUUCCAGUGCUGGCCUUUUGGGUUUCAUCUUUUUCCCCAAAUGCUUUAUUAUUUUCCGAAGACCAGAUCUGAAUACAAAAGAACAU